GCAGCCAGCCUUGGAUUGGUUGAGGCUGAGUUCCAGGAGAGCAUGUAGGGAAAAAACCUUUCAAAAACUCUGGCUCUUGGAGCCCACAGCUCCUUUGUUCCUCUCGGAAGCCAAGCCCUGUCGCACCAUGGACAAGUCUGCGCUGUGCCACCUGACGGAUGCCAACGGGAAUUUGAAAAACCAGAUCUGGGACCUGAGAGAGACGGCCGCCAACCUCGACGCCGAGAAGCAGGAGAUCCUGACGGAGAACAAGAGCGUCAAAGAGCAGAACCGGAGCCUGGAAGCCAAGAUCGAGUGUUUCAAAGCCAUGGCGGAGGACUUUGAAAAGGAAGAAGAGGAGCUCCAGGGAGUGCUGAGGAAGCUGGAGGAGACGAUCGGGCAGCUGGAAUCCCAGAACACGGCCCUGAAAGGCACCAACAAGAUGCUGAGGACCGAAAUACAAAAGGUGUCCGGCCACAUCGUUCUGUUUCAGGAUUACAAGGCGACACAAGACCAGGACAUCUGCCACAUGAAGCAGGUGAUGGAGCACAUCGUGAGCUACUUCAAGCAGCUGGAGUCGAAGAUCGAGACGGCCGAGCAGAGAUUCGGCGAGGAGCAGAGCGAAGCCGCUGAGCUCCAGCGCACCUUGGAUGAGCUUGAGCAGAUCCGCGAGGUCCAGGAGAACGAGAUCCUGUGCCUGAAGGACCAGCUGGAAGAGGCGUCGUUCAUGAGGCUGGAGAAAGACGAGAGCCUCAAAGUCCCAUCUCUGCUACACGAGAUGGUCCAAGCCAAGCUGGUCCAGGAUUCCUUGGCCAUGCAGAGCAGCCUCCUCUUCCUGCUUUCCAAAGUCAUGUGGCUGUUGCUGGCGGUGGCCGUCUGCCUGGGAUUCCUGAACGUCUUGGCCAAAGUCUACCUCUUCGUCUUCAACCAGGACCUGGAAUCCGGAAGCCAAGCUCUGCUGUUCACGGACCGCCUCCGUUUGCUGGCGGAAGUCCUCUCUCCACAUCCCAUGAGGAGGUCGAACGGCUUGCUGCCCUAUUGAGAUGGACGCCGCGGCGCAGGAAGCAAACCGGGCAGAGCUAGCCGCGCAUUCUUGUAUCAAAACCGUGUGCCUUCAAAAAUUAAAAGGACCCCCUCCCCCACUUAAGAAAA